CAGACGUCCUUGGAUUCCUAACCCAAGUAGAGCUAAAAAUCCUGGACCAAAAGAAGAUAAAAAUCCCAGACCAAAAGAUUUUGAAAAUCCCAGAAAUCCCUCGCCAGAAGAUGACAAAGUUGUCAGGCCAAAAGUUAUAAAUGUUGUUCAACAAGCUUUUGAACCGCCAAGUGAGAAGAAACCAGAUGAUCCCUCAGUGCCUAAAGACACUUUUGAUUGUAAAUAUCAACUCUUGGAGGAUGAAGUGCUUGGGGAAGGCUUCUUUGGCAAAGUGCACAAAGGGAUUUAUAAAUCAAAUGGCUCUCCGGUUGCCAUCAAGCGGAUUUCCAAACAAAAAAGGCCUCUCAAAUAUCUUCAGUCUCCUGAAACCUCCGAACCAGUCAUUACAGAAGUGGCGCUGAUGCUUAAGUUAGGAGAUGCGCCCUCAUGCCCCAAUGUCAUAGAGAUGUAUGACUGGUACGAGACUGAACAGGAUUUAACACUCGUGAUGGAGUACCCACUGCACAGCGAAUCCUUGUUGCAUUUUGUUCAGCAUGAAGAAAAACUAAGUGAAAAUACAGCAAGACAUCUCAUGCGUCAGGCGGUACUGGCAGUGCAACACUGUCUGGAUAAUGGAGUUUUUCACACCGACAUCCAUGCCGGGAACUUCUUGGUGCAGCAAUCAACAAUGAGCCUGACGUUAAUUGACUUUGGGGCUGGACAUUAUCUGACGCAUGAGGCAUAUAAGUCCUCCGACUUUGUAGGAGCUCCAUGUUGCACCCCGCCUGAGAUCAAAACGGCUAAGAAAUUCCACGCCGUGCCAGCAAACGUCUGGGCCUUAGGUGUUUUGCUGUAUUUCAUGGUGCUUAGAAGUUUCCCCUCAAAGAACUUUCUUUCCGGGUAUCUGAAGACAAAUGAGAUGGAUUUAUCAAACGAAAUCUGUGAUCUGUUAAGAUGGUGCCUGGCCCUGAAUCCAAGUGAUCGUCCGACGCUCAAGCAGAUCUUACAUCAUGACUGGUUUAAAAUUAAGUCUGACGAAGAAGAGCUACUCGUAUACAAAAGGAGGGCAAUAUCCACACAAUUAAAAGAAGGAUGAAGCUGAAUGACUGAAGGAGAGAGGAAUGAUUGGAGAUGCUG